AUGUCAGCAAACGUGAAGAGAGCAAGGCGAGGCUGGAAAGUGCCCGUUUCCAAGAUGGCGCAGAAUACUUUCAAUCCGAUCAGAAGUAUUGUUGAAUCUAUGAAAAUCACCCCACACCCGGACAAACCUAUGAUCUCAUUAUCUAUUGGAGAUCCAACAACAUUUGGCAACCUGCCGAUAUCUGAAAUCUGCGAAAAAGCAGUGAUCGAAAGUGUCAAGAAGAGAACUUUUAAUGGUUAUGCCCCUUCCGUUGGUUAUGAAUUUGCUCGCCAGGCUGUUGCUGAGUACGUGUCCACACCCACAUCCAGAGUAGAGGCCAAGGAUAUUAUUCUGGUUAGCGGUUGUUCAGGAGCCCUUGAUCUGUGCAUCUCCUGCUUGGCUGAGCCAGGUCAGAAUAUACUCAUCCCCCGACCUGGGUUUUCUUUGUACAAGACGUUAGCGGAGUCACUUGGCAUCCACGUUCGGCACUAUGAUCUGCUGCCGGAGAAAUCUUGGGAGGUUGACCUAGAGCAUCUAGAGAGCUUGAUUGAUGAUGAUACAGCGGCCGUGGUUGUGUGCAACCCAUCAAAUCCGUGUGGCUCGGUGUACAGCAAGGAACAUCUGCUGCAGAUCAUUGAUACUGUUGGAAGGAACCGAGUGCCCAUUAUUGCUGAUGAAAUUUAUGAACACUUU